UAUUUUUAAAUUUUUAAUAACAUGCAUUUAAUGCACAUUUUUACUAGUUCCAAUAAAUGUGCCAUAUAUUUUGGUGAUUUACUGUUUACUAAAUUUAAAUUAUUAUAUGUACCUUUUGCUUUGUUUCAAUUUCGCACCCUAUCCUUAAAAUUUAGCCCUUAAGUCUUAGGUAAUAUUCGAACUAUACAUAAUGCAUCGCACCGAAUUGACCACGAGUUCUCAUUUCUUAAUGGAGGAUAGACGUCAGAACUAGCCAGAAGAGAUAGACUAUUUGAGCAGCCGAGCGGCCAUAUUUAACGCCGUGGUUGUAAGCUGAUUUCAUAUAUUGAACAACCCUUCGUUAUAAUGGAUGUCCAGGGAACUAUCAUCUUCUCAACCCUCGGAUUGCUCACCUACGGCUUCGAUGUCUUUUCCACUGUCCUCGCCGCCGACCAUAUCGCCAAUGAAGACAUAACAGAAAGCCGUCGUACCGAGGCGUCUCCGUCAAUUUCAACGCUCAGUUCGCCGAUAAGUCCAGCGAAACUGUUGCCUUCAUCUCCGAGCGAACCGGCUCCGCUAGACUCUAUCAGACAUCCUCGGCUGGAGACGAAAUCAAAUUGCUCCCAACAAACCAAAAUAGCCUUUUCCACGACCGGCCCACCAUUAACAACGGCCGCGUGUUCUACGUCUCCGCCCAUGGGCCGCAGUCUACAUGACUCAGCUUGACACAGAGGAGGCUAUUCGGUUAACCCCAAUUGGAUCUGUCGACUUCAGCCCAGCAGUUUCGGAGUUGGGCCAGCUCGUCGCCGUUACAUCCUAUGGGUCUCGGCCAUGGAAAGGUGAUUUCCACACUCUCAAAAUCGAGAUCACCAUCUUUAGUGUCUCAAAACUGGAAAACUGGACCAUCAUUGCCGGCAGUGGCGGAUGGCCGACUUUUUCUGGUGAAUCAACAAUAUUUUUCCACCGUAAGGCCGACGAUGGCAGGUGGAGCGUCUACCGCAUCGAUCUACAUGAAAUUCUCGAAGAAAACAUAGCUCGUCGUAUUACCCCGCCUGGGCUACACGCCUUCACGCCCGCUGCAUCGAACGAUGGGAAGUAUAUAGCGGUUGCACGCGCAGGAAAGGGAUUAAAUUUCGCCACAUCGAGAUUUUUGAUCUCAAAUCAGAAUGAUUCUAUCCGAUUACAAAGACAUGACUCGAAUCAGCUCAGAUACCAUCGAUUCAGAGGAGAAUCGAAUGAAAAGGUACUAAAUCUCCUUCUCGUGGCUUCUCCAAUUCAAGUGCUCCAGCUUCUUCGGCUUCACGGCCCAUUCCCAUCUUUUUCCCCUGCCGGAUCUGACGGUUUGAAAUGGUGGACUCUGCUUAAAUCUCCCACUGCGUUCUACACGACAUGGAGUCCUGUUGAGAAGGGCAUUAUCCUCACCUCUAUCGGCCCGAUCUUUGAUUCUAGCAAGGCCACAGUCCAGAUUGCCCGGAUCUCUUUUAAUCCUGACGAUCUUGAUGAAAAAAAGGAGGAAAUCUAUGCCGAUGUGAAGAUCCUUACCCGUGGAGGUACCGCCAACAAUGCAUUCCCAUCGUGCUCACCGGACGGGAAGCACAUUGUUUUUCGAUCUGGGUGAUCCAGCCACAAGAAUCUCUACAUCCUCGAUGCCAUCGACGGAGAAAUUGUCGAUAGUGGUGGGAUUCAGCAACUAACGGAGGGCGAGUGGGUCAAUACGAUGCCAGUGUGGUCGCCGGAUGGCGAGCUGAUCGCAUUUUCAUCUAACCGGCACAAUCCGUCUAAUCCGAAGGCUUACAGCAUAUAUUUGGUUCGACCUGAUGGCUCAAACCUGUGACGGGUACACGUUGCCGG